CUCACCCAACCAUCCAGGUGUCUCCGGGGCCGAUCCUCUCAAUGUGCCCCAGCGUCGCCAGACCUCGAACCGUAAGGCCAAAUCAAAGGUCACCAACAUACAGCAAAUGAUAGACCGUAGCCAGGGGGGCACCAUUGAAGAACCGGCUGACUUUGACAGCGACUCCGAUUGUGAUCCCGCCUGGACCCCACAAGAUAAAGAGGAUGACGAUGAAGAACAGGAUAUGAUGGGGCGUAAGAAGAACAAAAAACCUAAAAGUGGCGUAGGAAGUCCACGUAACAAACAGCGACCUCGUUCGAACAUUCUUUCAGUGGCCGCUGCGGGUGCUGGAAUCGCAGAUUUCGAUUACACCAGUGGAGAUGACUCUGGACGAACAGCCCCUUCGAAUACCGGCCAAAUAAUGGCCCAACAACAGCAGCAAACUCAACAGCCAGGAAUGCUACAGGCUCAAACAAUUCAGCAACAACUUCAACAACAGCAACAACAACUUUUGCAGCAACAGCAACAGCAACAACAGCAGCAGCAACACCAGCAACAGCAAAUGUAUCAACAACAACAACAACAACAGCAGACUUCAACUAGUCAAAUGCAAUUUCAAUUCCUUCAACAACAACAACAGCAACAGCAGCAGCAACAACAACAGCAACCACAACUGCAGCAGUACAAUACCGGAUCGAUGGUAAACCAGCCGCAGCAACAGCAACAGCAAGGGGCUAAUGAUGACUUCCAGACUGGUGAUUUCGUUGUAAUCAGGUCGGAACUCGUUCAGGACUAUCCAUCGAUCUGGCGAGUUGAUGGCAAAACUUUACUCCAGAAGUAUGAACCAUUCGAUCAGAACGGCAAAACGCUCCAUCGGAAUGUAUCAACGUACGCAGCAUGGAAUGCCGAGAGCAAAAAGUUGUACGUGAAAAUACCCGUACGGUUCCGAGUGCACAAUCACAUGGAAUCCGUGGUAGAGUUUAUGCGCAACGAGAUGUCCAUCGAUGACACCGAGCAGUUCCUGGAAAAGUCCAUGAACGAAACGAAGAUUUAUCAGGAUGUAUUCGAGGUUUACAUCCAAACACUGAUCUCACAAGCUUUGGAUUCCAACUUUUUGAAGGAAAUAUUCCAGGAGCAAGAUGAAUACUUCCUCUCAAGGGUGCAGACGAUCGACAAUCUUACGGACGAUCGCAAACGACGGUUGAUUCAGAUUACUCCGUGGUCGCGAAAUAUGAUAAAUUCGAUCGCGACAUUCCCUGCCUAUGACAUCAUGACCGAGCUCGGCCACACGAACAUGAAUCAUCCGGUGUGUGUGGCCUGCCAUCAGCCGGGAAUCUCGGUUCGAAUCGUCCUGCAGGGACAAACCUACAACGCUGCCACGCUUGCGCCCUGCCAGAUUCAGGAUCAACGCAUCCAGUACGAAAAGAACUUCCUGCUGUGCCGUAUUUGCUCGUCACGGUUCGAAUUGUUGCACAAGAUCUGCCAUCAGAAGUACAUGAUGUUUGUUGAAUGCGCCAAGCGUGUCAAUCAGCAGAUUUCAAACGACUCAUCCAAAGCUGCCACCAUCAUUCUGAACGAAUUGCUGGCAGAUGAACACUGGCUUACAAUGCUUUUCAAGGAAGUUCGAAGCAUUUGGGCCGAGAUCGAAAAUAUGGAGCGCCAGUAUCGGUUCCAGGUGGCAUCGCAAUGAGAUAGGGGUGAAACUGCAAUAAAGGCAAAGUAAUAUCACUUUAUUUUUCCAACGUAGAUACCCACUCACACAACAGGUAACUGAAAGUUUAGAGUAAGUGGUUCGUCGGUCGCUUAGUCCUGCGUAGAGUCAUCCUAGAUGACAAAA